ACGCAUAUAUGGAAUAACACAUAUUGAGAGACAACGCAUUGAAAGCACAACAAAAUGUUGGGGAAAACGCCUUAAAAGCACGAUGAAUGUUGGAAAAUAACGCCUUAUAAGAACGGCAAUAGUUGGGGGAAAACACCUUCAAAGAAAUACUCAAGUUGGGGAACAAAAUCUUAGAAUAAUGACCAAGGUUGGAGAACAACGCAUCGAAAGCAGGAGCCAUGUUGCAGAACAAGACAUUAAAAGCAAGAUACAGGAUGGAACACACCGCAUCGAAUGCUAUGUACAGAAUGGAAUUGUUCGCAUUCAAAACGCAGCGAACAAACCAGCGCGAGACGACUACGAACGAGGCAAAGCAGAUCUUCGUCAACGUUUGAUGAAAUAUUACUAUGACACGACUUGCAAUAUUCCCCUUUCAACAUUUGAUCACAGUCGUGAUACGAGAAUAAGUGACGUAUUUGCAACGCACUAAAUACGCCGUAUCCAAAUAUGAAAAGAUGGAACACGCGUGAAAAAGGAACAACGAGUAUUUAUAUACAAAGAAAUAUUUUACACCAACGAUAAACCAAAUCAACGUAUAUACAUACAGGGUGAACCGGGUACAGGGAAAUCUACGUUUGCAGUUAAGUUAGCUCAUCAUUGGUGCAAUGAAAUCUGCCUACAUCGGCGGUAGCGUCCAUAAAAAAAUUCUGCCUUUUAAGAUUGGUUAAAUUUUUGGAAAUUCAAGUUUUUAUUUUUUCUCUCAUUUAGGGAUUCGAUGGAUCAAACAGAUGUAACGCAAAUGACUAAGAAGCAGAUAAUCGAUAAAACGUUUUCCGAAGACGAGCGCGGCGAUGUAUACAAUCUUUUCGUACAAAUAAUGAAAUCUGAAAUUUGCCUCGAAGUACGAGAAGGUCUAGAUGAAUGGGUGUCUACCAGUGGCAGUAACAUAGCUGAACCUUCCAUGGCUGGCUUUCCCAACAAUACUUGCACGGUACUUACAACAUCUCGGUCAUGGAAACUGCCUGAUGAACUUAUAAAGAACUCGCAAAUUGACAGUCUGUUAGAGAUCGAAAGGAUAAGUGAUCCAUAUUCAUUUAGUAAAAAUAUAAUUCGAUGCCUAAUUGACCAUACAAAGGAUCUAGAAGAAACUGUGGCGAAAUUUAAUGUAUUUGUAAAUCGUCCAAAUCUCCCAUCGUUAUCAUCUUCGCCAAUGCUGUAUGCCAUGGUAAUCUGUACCUUGGUAGACACGAUGGAGGCUGAAGAACAUUUAAAAGUAUCAUCAUUGUGUGCACUUUACACUAUUCUGCUUGAAAGUCUAUGUAAAAAGGCUAACAGUGCAACUGGUUAUUUCAACGAAUCAAACCCGUCACCAAUUCACUGUUUUUCUAUCUCAAGGUACCUUCAGCCAAAUAUUGAACACUUAAAUAGGCUUGCUGAAGUAGCAUGUAAACUGCUGUUCUCUUCUGAAAGACAAUCAUCUAUUGUUUUUGAUGAAAAAACAUUGUCUUACCUUUUUCCGCAGGAAGAUAUAACAGUUCUCAAGAUUUUUGCUCUCAAGACAGGAAUAUUAACAAACAGAAAAGAUAAAAUUCAGACAGGAAGCUUUUACUCGUUCGUUCACAAAACGGUGCAAGAAUUUCUCGCAGCAUAUUAUAUCGCAGGUAAACCACACUUCAUUGAUGACGUUUCUUCCAAAAAUCAAAAAUGUAACGAUUUUUCAUAUUUUGACACAUCGCAAGUUCUAAUCUUUUUUGUGCGGAAUACACAUUUGCGUUGCGAAUGA